GAAGCAGCGUGCGUCUCCUCUCUCUCCUGCAGAUGGCGCUGCUGCAGCACCAAAGCAUGCCAGCUACCGUCCGAAACCAGCGAAGAAGAACGACUAGCACUCUCACUUUCUGUAUCUCUGUUCCACAACAACGAGCCUGGAUGGUUUUGACACAGAGAUGACCUGCACCCCCCCCUUAUGACCGGCCGAGGAGCUCACAUUUAGCAGGUCUAGUCUGAGGCUCCACACAGGGUGAUCCAUGCUUUCUGAUGAGCUUGACUCCAAACCAGAGCUGCUGGUGCAGUUUGUGCAGAACGCCUCCAUCCCGAUGGUUCAGGGUCUGGAGGGUCUGGAGGACUCGGAGUCCAAACACUCCUGCCUGCCUCUGCUGAGUCCAGCCGAGAGCUCGCUGUGCAGCCCGCUGGAGCUCACAG